CUCUCUCGCGAAAUGAGUGAUUCGUGGCAGAUCACGUGACUUGUAUGAAUGUACAACGUACAACGUAUGUAAAUAUUUAUUUUACUGUUUGUUUCACUUAUUUCGUUCAUUUAUACUAUAUUUAUAUCGAGCAUCGGGAACCGAAAGAUUGGAAAGAUGGUGAUUGCUAUCGGAUUCGAAGGGAGCGCGAAUAAGCUGGGGAUAGGAAUAAUUUGUGAUCAAAAAGUAUUGUCGAACGUGCGACAUACCUACGUCACGCCACCAGGAGAAGGUUUCUUACCUCGAGAAACAGCACAACAUCAUAGAAAACACAUACUAGAUGUUUUGCAAAAAUCCUUGGAUGAAGCAAAGAUUAGCGUGAAGGAUGUUGAUGUUGUCUGCUACACAAAAGGACCUGGAAUGGGAGCGCCACUGACUGUCGCUGCUUUAGUAGCUAGAACUGUUGCUCAGUUAUACAAUAAACCUAUAGUUGCAGUCAAUCAUUGUAUUGGUCAUAUAGAGAUGGGACGUUUGAUUACUGGCAGUGAAAAUCCUACUGUUUUAUAUGUUUCUGGUGGGAACACUCAAAUUAUUGCAUAUUCUCGACAAAGAUAUCGUAUUUUUGGAGAGACAAUUGACAUAGCGGUAGGAAAUUGUUUGGACAGAUUUGCCAGGCUGCUUAAACUGUCAAAUGAUCCCAGUCCUGGGUACAAUAUAGAACAGUUAGCCAAAAAGGGUGAAAAACUGGCACCGUUACCAUACGUUGUAAAAGGAAUGGAUGUAUCAUUUUCCGGUAUCUUAAGCCACAUAGAGGAACAUUGCUCCAAAUGGCUCGAUACAAAGGAAUUUACUCCUGAGGAUUUAUGUUUUUCCUUGCAAGAAACUGUGUUUGCCAUGCUCAUCGAAAUUACAGAACGCGCGAUGGCUCACGUGAGAUCGAACGAGGUGUUGAUCGUGGGUGGCGUGGGAUGCAAUGAGAGACUGCAGGAAAUGAUGAGCGUCAUGUGUAAAGAAAGGAAUGCAACUCUUUACGCGACGGAUGAGCGAUUCUGCAUAGAUAACGGCGUUAUGAUUGCAGUCGCUGGAUUGCUCCAAUACAAAUGCGAGGGCGGUACUCCUUGGACACAAACUACUUGCGUUCAGAGAUAUCGAACGGACGAUGUACAUGUCUCCUGGAGAGAAUAAAAUAAUAUUUUCAAGUAA